UCUCGAAACCACCACUCAUUCGUUUCCUGGAGUUGUUGGGUGCAGUUUUGGUCGGAUCGGCUCAAUUCUGCGGCAUUUGCUGCCGUUUCGGCCAAAUCUGUCGCGUGAAAUUCGGGGGAUUGUUGAUUGUGUGUUCUUUUCGAUUGAUAGUUCUUGGUUUACCAGGAAUUUCACCAGAAAUGCGCGUGUGCAGGAAUCUGUCUGAGGAGAGGUAAUCGAAGUCUGUUUGGUCCCUCGCUGCGGAGAUGGACGAGAAGGCGAAGAUGGAGAGCAAGCUGUCCUCGGCGGCGGCGUUCGUGGAGGGCGGCGUGCAGGACGCCUGCGACGACGCCUGCAGCAUCUGCCUCGACGCCUUCUGCGACAGCAACCCCUCCACGGUUACGAAUUGCAAGCAUGACUACCAUCUCCAGUGCAUUCUUGAAUGGUGCCAGAGAAGCUCCCAAUGUCCAAUGUGUUGGCAGCCUAUCAGCAUGAAAGAUCCUAUGAGUCAAGAGCUACUGGAGGCUGUUGAACAAGAGAGGAACAUGCGAGCUAAUCGUUCACAUAGUACUGCUCUUUUUCGGCACCCAAUGCUGGGAGAUUUUGAGAUUCCUGUAGGUGCAGAUGAUGCAGAACUUGAAGAACGCAUCAUUCAGCACUUGGCUGCUGCAGCUGCAGUGCGUAGGUCACACCGUCAUCAUAGGAGAGAUGGGCACCACAGCAGAUCAGGAGCAAAUAGUCACCCACAACUUCUUGUGCUGUCAACAGACGAGCACACAGCCUCAGGCCAAGAAGCGGAUUACGAACAAGCCCCUGCUGUAGUUUCUGGUCGCCCUUUAGCUACUCUUGUUGAACAAGAACGCACCACUCGAGGUUUAGACUGUGUUACCAAUCCACCGCACUAUUAUUCUACUCCUGCUGAUAGUAGUGCUAGAACAAGCAAUAGAAUUUCUGGGAUUCAGUCUACACCUGUUGAUCAAGAUAGAGCAGGACCAUCUGAUUUACCGUCGUUCUCUGACACACUGAGAACUCGUCUUCAGUCAGCUUCAAUGAAGUACAGGGAUUCUAUAACCAAGAGUGCAAGUGGCUGGAGGGAAAGGUGGUUUUCUCGGAGCAACACCAUAUCAGAUAUCGGUUCAGAAGUAAGGAGGGAGGUCAACGCUGGGAUUGCUGUAGUAUCUCGCAUGAUGGAACGGCUCGAUACAAGGGAUGGAAAUGGAACAGGGCCUUCUGCUACCUCUGCAUCAGGAUCCGGUUCUCAGUGAGGGAAUGUCCUUGGAAGAACGGACACAAUUGUAAAGACAGGUCCAAAGGAAAAAAGGCAUCUGUUCAGAGCUCCUGGGAUCCAGCGAUGCUUCAUGAUCUCUGUUAGGUCCAUGCUUCAGAAGUUCGCUGAAGCUCUUGCGUCCAGGUCACGGGAAGGAACAACACAUGCGCUCCCGCUCGAGUCUUCAACACGUUUUCCCCUGUGUAACAUAUGCAAAGGAUGUAACUAAUGAGGCGGCUGUAACUGUAACUGUAACAAUAUGAGUGUUGGUGGUGCAGUUUCCGUUCAUAUCCAUACAAACAUACUGUACCAAUGGAUCGUUUCUCAUGGCAAACUCGCUGUCUGAUUUUUUUUUUCA